AUGCCGAGGGGGCUGCGGGACGUGGGGGCCGCCCUCACCUGCCUCCAGCUCCUGCUGCUUCUUGCCGGCGUGGAGCUGAGGCCCCACGCGUGGGACCAGGACAGGCUCCAGCUGGAAGCCAUCAAAAAGGGGAUCCUGGAGCGGUUGGGGAUACCCGCUCCCCCCGUGGUCCAGCACCGGCUGGACCAGGAGAGCAUCCGGAGAGCGCAGCGGCUCUACCAGCAGAAAGUGGCCGAGCUGACGGGGAACCGGAGCCAGGAGGAGGAGGAGGGAGCCGUGCCCAGGACCAGGCGCCUGCAUCGCCUCACCCCCACGCUGCUGCGCCGGCCGGACAUCGACAUCCCCCAGGGAGACCAGGACCCCCAGGGAGACCAGGACCCCCGUGGUCCCUACCGCUACCAUCUCCUCCUCUCCCGCACGGAGGCUUUCCACCGGCAGCUCCGGGUGGUUCAGGCGGAGCUGAAGCUCUUCAAGCAGUCUCUGGCAUCCCCCGGCAUGUCCCCGCUCGACGCCUCGGUGCCCACCCGCGUCAACAUCUACAUGCUGGGGGGGGCUCACGGGACCCCCCAGCUCCUGCGUAGCCAAGAGCUGGACCGCGACGCCCCCAGCCUGGACCUCACGGUGGCCGUCCAGCCCUGGGCUGCCGGUCCCGAGGACACGCUACGCCUGGAGCUGACCUUCACAGCCGACGUCUCAACCUUGUUGGCCAACUCGGGGGGCGAGACCCUGGUGCUGGAGGUGGAAACCCAUGAGACGACGGGACGGGGGGCCAGGAGAGCCCGGGGGCUGGAGGAGGAGUGCGGGAAGAGCGAUGGGAAGUGUUGCCUCAAGUCGCUCAAGGUCUCCUUCCAGGACAUCGGCUGGUCGGACUGGGUCAUCGCCCCCAACAGCUACUACAUGAGGUUCUGCGAAGGUUCCUGUCCCCACAACUACAAGCCGGCCAGCAUGCACGCCCAGAUCAAAGCCCGCAUGCACUCCCUCUCCAAGGCCACCCCGCCGCCCUGCUGCGUCCCCGCCGGCUACGACCCCAUGGUGCUGAUGCACUACGACGGCGAGGGCAGGCUGGUCUCCACCCUCUUCGAGGACAUGCUGGUCACCAGGUGCCACUGUGCCUGA